UGCCUUAUCGCUGCAUUUUUGCGGAUCUGGCAACCCCGCUGUACUGUCAGUGCUUCGCAGUGCUGCGUUGGCUAACACACAGAGCUUCUACCUGUUUCAUGUCGGUUAUCGUGCUGCUGUUUAUAUCAGCUGUAAACCGCAGCACAGACCGAAGAAGGGCUGCUAUGUUGCUUGCAUACAACUCAACUGUUUCUAUGCAACACAUUUUUUCCUGAUUUGAAAUCAAUUCAAGCUAAGUGUGUGAAUGCAGAAUGCUGGACGCAGUGUCGGUGACGGUGAGCUGGUUUGUGCAGCACGGUAAUGGCACGCUGUCUCCACCUAUAGAGAACACAUCAGUUCUGCCCACAUGGCCAUCUCAAGCCAACAUCAGCCAACCACACAGCUGCCUGCGGGUGCUUUACGAGGAUAUCGGCUCCUCCAGGGUGCGCUUUUGGGACCUGCUGCUGCUGGUGCCAAAUGUAGCCUUCCUCGUGUUCCUGGUGUGGAAGCUUCCAUCAGCUCGCGCCAAGAUACGCCUUACCUCCAGCCCCAUCUUCAUCACUUUUUACAUCCUGGUGUUUGUAGUGGCACUUGUCGGAAUCACUCGAGCUAUUGUCUCCAUGACUGUGAGUGCAUCCAGUGCAGCUAUCAUCAUCGACAAGGUGCUGUGGGAGAUCACACGCUUCUUCCUGUUGACCAUCGAGCUCAGCGUUGUCAUCUUAGGACUGGCCUUUGGUCAUUUGGAGAGUAAGUCGAGCAUCAAACGGGUGUUGGCCAUAACUGCAGUGUUAGCACUGGCUUACUCAAUUACACAGGGUACACUGGAGAUUCUGUACCCAGAUCAGCAUCUCUCUGCUGACGAUUUCAAUAUCUAUGGUCAUGGAGGGCGACAUUUCUGGUUGGCCAGCUCCUGCUUCUUCUUCCUGGUUUAUUCUCUGAUCGUUGUUCUGCCAAAAACCCCGAUCAGAGAAAGAAUACCAUUACCAUCUAAGAGGAGUUUUUACGUGUAUGCUGCCAUUCUGUCAGUGCUGAAUAUGGUGCAGGGUCUGGGCAGUGCUCUGCUCUGUGCUGAUAUCAUAGAAGGCCUGUGCUGUGUUGAUGUCACCACAUUCCUCUAUUUCUCCGUGUUUGCUCCUCUCAUCUACAUAACAUUCCUCAAAGGAUUCUUUGGUUCGGAGCCAAAGAUCUUGUUCUCCUACAAGUCUCAGAUCGAUGAGCCAGACGAACCUGAUGUGCACCUGCCUCACACUUCCUCCGCUGGCCUGGGCAGCAGGAAGGAGCUGGAGCACAGUUCUUACUCUAGCACACAGAUAGACACUUCGGGGGCUUAUCUGGAUGAUGUGGUGUCUGGCCCCUAUGGAACUGGACACAGCAUCAACAGCGUAGACAGUGACCGAUGGAGGGUCAUCAAUGCCUAGAGGAGGGAACAGAAUGGACUGGAGAACAGAAGAACUGGCCAUAUUUGACCAAUUAAUGACUGACCCUCACCCAGUGAACUGCAUUCCCUUUAACACCAUGACUAGGCUUUGGAUUUGAGCUUGCAUGACAGCUCAGCAUAUGACAGUUUGCUCAGUCAAGGUUGUUUUUUUUUUUUUUUUUUUUUUUUUAAAUUAGUGAUUUUUUAAAUACUCCUGUACACUUUGAGUUGUAGCACCAGUGUGUUACAAGGCCUGUGCAGUAUGUAGAGUAUUACUGAAGGAAUAGUCAGGAACACAGAUGGCUUGGCUGUAAUAGAGCUCAGACAGAAUUAACUGAAUGAUGAGCUGCAGGACGGGUAUUGUAAAAUACUGUGUAUUUUUUUUUUUUUUUUUUUUUUUUUUUUUUUUUUUUUUUUUUUUUUUUAAAUCAUAGAAAAUAGACAAAUUUAGAUACAUUGUGCUGACCUAUGCUUGGAUCCACUGCUUCUGUGUUGACUUGUAUUUUUAUUUAUUUUAGUGAUCAUGCUAGUUAUAUUUUACCCUGUUCCACUAUCAUUCCAUUUGAGAAACAAACCAAGCAGCAUAAAAAGGAAUAGGUUUUUGGUCUAUCAUGCUGUUUUUACAGACAUGGCUGGGCUUUAAUGACCAAAACUGUAUAUUUGAGUUUUAAAACUUUGUGCAUUUUGUAUUUAACAGUGAAAUCAUUGUCGAACUCUAAUAACAUGCCAGAGGCUUACAACAUACACUGUAUAUUUUACAUCUAAAUAUGGAUGAUUAUUUAUGGGUGAUGGCAAUACCAGAUCUUUUAUGUUCAUAGAAUGAAAAGUGGCCAGAGUUGUUAGGUUUUUUUGUUUGUUUGUUUGUUUGUUUGUUUUGGCUGAAUGAGUGAAUUACUUGCGUUAGAGCAAUGCACACUACCUGCAUUAUCAAAAGUAAAUACUAAGACAGUAAACUAAGCAUAGUUUAAAGCACUCACUCUAACACUUAAGAUGCUUUUAAAAUGAAAAUGCUUUUUAAAACCAGGCCCUGUUUUGCAGUUACUGAAAAAGACUUCUUUUUAAUCCAGUAUAAAUCUCCCUGGAAGGCCAGAGCACAGUAAUACUACAUAUAAUAUUACAUUUAGAAAACUGGAUUGUUUCCUCAAAAUGCUGUCAUACAGUAUUUUGUCCAUGUAUGUACAUAAUUGCAAAAGCUGUUGUAUAUUUUCCUGCCUGUAGUCAUGUAGCCUGUUUACUGUGGCAGUGCACGGUGCACCUCAUGGCUGAAAUUAGUCAUUAAAACUCGUUACUGUGUGAUAACACCCUGUGAAAGCUGGGCGUUCAUUUCCAGGACUAUUUUGAACACAACUUCAGUGAAACGUUAAAACACAAGCUUCAGAGAGUUCAGUGAAUUUCACCAUCGCACCUUCAGCUGGUUAUAAACUGUACAAGAUGCAGCAUAAACUUGUUUUCUUGAAGCAA